AUGGGGGCGUUCUUCCUCUUUUUCGUGAUCUUCGCUGUCUUCAUCAUUCCUGGGACUGAUGGAAAUAUCCAUCAGCCACUCUCGGAACAAAGAUCAAUGCAAGACGAGAUCAAAACGUAUCAUGACUUGAUGGCUGCAAUCAAGAAGCUUCAAGAUGAAGACAUGCUCCAAGUCAUCCAGAACAUGCCCAUCCAGCAUCAACCACGUGGAUUCAUCGAUCAACCAGAGGAUCAGCGACUUUGCGGACGUAAGAUGGCCGCCAAAAUUGCAACUCUCUGCACCGGAACCUGCACAACUGGACAAGACGUUGCUUCGUACAUGUGUUUCUUCGGUCUGACCGACGCUGAAGUCGUCCAACACUGUUGUCCCACCUCCUUCCGCCCGGCACAGCCAAAAUCGUUCGUCUUCUGA